AUAUUGUAUAAGAGCAGGUCUCCCUUUCGUUUUUUCACAUUGCUUGGAUUUUGGCUCAGGCACAGCACGCUGAGCUUCCUGACGUUACCUGACAAGAGCUCCUUAUUUCAACAAAAUUCUAAUGGCGAGUGCCUUGUGCAUGAAGGAUCAGCUGACUUGCCGGGUGUGCUUAGAGCUCCUGGAGAACCCAGUUGAUCUUCCAUGUGGACACACCUAUUGCAUGAAAUGCAUAGUGAGUUACUGGAGCCACCUUGAUAACAAUGGAGUCCAUGAUUGCCCCCAUUGCAAGAAGAUUUUCCAAUGCAAGCCUGUCUUGGUAAACAACACUCUCUUUGCUCAGAUGGCAGAAAUUCUGAGGAAGUCCAGCUUCAUCACUUCUUCUCCUAACAAGGAUGAAGAAGAAGUGGGGGACACUACUGCUUGCAAAAAAAUCAGUGAAGCCCUUCACAGAAAAGUCAAAGAUGUUGGAUUGAAUCCUGAAUACUGGAUGCCUAUUCUGAAUGAUCAUCUUGGUGUAACUGAUCUAAAAUCUUUAGAAAAUCUUGGUAGGGAGCAAUACUGCCAGGUGGAAGGUUAUAUUAGAGAGCAAAAUGAAAGAGCACCCUUAUGUAAACUUAUGAAUAUUAGUCAUGAAUAUGCUAAAAGUGAAAUGCUGCAGGAUAACAGAGAAGAAAAGGAAAGUCCUGCAUUGGAAAAUGCAACAAGAGAGAAAAAUAAUGAAAGUGAGGAGGGUAGUAUGAAAGAGAAAAAAACAUCAAGACCAUUAGAAUACAUUGAAACAGGGGAACAAAGAGAAAAUGGGGAAAAUUUGGUGCUAUCACUGGACAGUAAGACUGUAGAGAGUCAAGACCAGGCAAUGACAAAGAAUCUAAGCAGAAAGGAAGAAAUCCUUAAUAAAGAGCAAAGUAAUAGCAAAGCAGAGGAAUUUCAUAAUAAUAAUACUAAUAAGAUGGAAAAAAAUAUUCAAGGAGUACUCGGAGGAGAAAAACAAUGUGAAAGAGAUGUAAGUGAAACAAAAAACAAAAAUACUGAAAUGCAAGCAGAACAAAUAAAUGAGACCUCAAAUACAGACAACACAAAAGAAAAUAAGGAAGCUGCAGAAAGGGAUAACAGAGAAAAAAAGAAGAAAGACUUCUUUCUUUUGCUUGAGAAGAUGAACAUUGUUAAUCUAUACCCAAAGUUAAUGGAGAAAAUAAAUGUGAUAGUUAUCAGUAACAAAUCUAAGAAUAAUACUCAACCAGAAAAAGAAGAUCUCCCUCGUUUAUAUUUGCAAAAGCUGAUCAUGAUGGACUAUAGGAUGAGAAAUUUAAUUUGUGACCAAAUUAAAGACAACCAAAUUGGUUUUAAUGAAUUACAAAGCCAAAGAGAAACUGAAACACAGUUAACAUUGGAUGACUUCCUUAGUGAUACCACUUCAGAGGACCUCACUGAGACCAGUAAACAGCACUCUGAGCACAUACACCCCAUGGAUCUCCAGAUGGCUCUUCUCCACUGUGCUGAUGACUUUCUGAGGCAGUAUCUCUACUCCAAACUCGCCCUUUGUCAGUACGCUGUGCCUUUUUUGAUUCCGAGUCCCUGCACAACAGAAAUUGAACUCCCUUUGUGGGCAUUUCGCCAGAUAAAUAACAGCUGCAAAAGUCAAGAGACAAAGACCUAUAAAGUUUUUCCAGCACUUCAAGUAGAGACACAGAUUGUGUCUUUCAUAAGACUUGGGAACUCCUUAGUGUCCAAAUCUAAGAUUAUGAACAUGGUGCUGAACAGACAGAGGCACAGCAUUUUCUUUAACAAGGACUGCCGGGGCAGCACUCGAGGAUGUUUGCUAAUGGAGGGCGUAGUAGAGAUGUCCUGGUACAAUCCAGGAGGCAAAGAGGAUGACAUCUUUGAGGACUGCAUUGCCUUUACAAACCUCCAUGGUGACGCAAGAAAUCAUGGCAGACAAGUCAGCUUCUUAAAUGAUAUCUCUGCCGUCAAUGUAGUUUUCCUGUCAGAUUCUGACCUCAAUGAAGAUGGCAAAGCAAUUCUAAAGGGGUACUUUGAAUCACCACAGCCCCUGAUAUGUCUUCAUACAGACAAAGAAGCCAUUCAAGCUAAUAAAUCAGGAAUCAAAGUUCGGAUUGGGGUAAAGAACAGGAAUGAAGCAGAGCUCACAGAUGAGCUGGUCUCAGUCCUCCGGAGCUUUCUGUCACAGUCUAAGAAGACAUUCCAUCUAGAAGCAUGCUCGGACAUUGCACUGAGGCAUGGCUUUGAGGUUGAUGAAGAGAGUCAAAACUGCAAAGAAGGAAAAGCUCUGGCAGAUAAACUAGGGAAAAUUUUAAGAAAUAAAAAAUUGUUAGAAAGGAAAGAAGCAUUUCUACCACUUCAGGGUUACUUGUGGCACAAAUGGUGUCAGAAGGACAAGGAGCUUUACCGACUGAAGCAGAAAGGAAGCAAAAGUAUUGAACAAUACAGGAGUGAUAUUGAGACUGAAAAGAAAAAGAUAAGAGAAGAUCAGUUAAAGAGAGCCCUCCCAUUAAAUGCACUCAUGACAUCCCUGAUUAAAAUUCUAAGUUCACAGUCACAAAAAACAAAAAAGUACUUUCUGCAGUGGUUAAUGGUGCUGUUAGAUGAUUUGUCAAGAGAUGCAGUAUCAGAGCUUCAACUAAGGUACCAUGAAAAAUUGUCAGAGUUGCUAAAAAAGCAAACAAACGAAGACAGUGAACAAAGGAAAAAAGAACUUCAGAAAGAUUUGGAUAUGCUUUCAAGUCAAAUAACGGACAGCUCCUUGGGUCUAGAGCAUAUUCUAAGAGAAAUGGGUCAGGUCUUUGAAGCCUCUAAGAUGGGAAGAGUUAAUGAUUCCUGCAUUUCUUCUCUUCCCAAGAUAGCUGCAGAGCUCAUCCUGUCAGGUCAUCCACUGGAACUCAUGGAUGGAGAUGCAGUCUAUGUCCCUGUCACAUGGAUCAGCUCUGUCCUGGAUGAAGUUCAGGAGACUCUAGGAGAUGUUAGACUGUUUGUCCUGUCUGUUCUUGGACUCCAGAGCAGUGGUAAAUCCACUCUGCUCAAUGCCAUGUUUGGCCUGCAGUUUGCUGUUAGUGCAGGGAGGUGCACCAAAGGAGCCUUCAUGCAGUUGAUUAAAAUAGAUGAAGAUAUCCGAGAUGAAGUGAAGUAUGACUACAUUCUUGUAGUGGAUACAGAAGGUCUGAGGGCAACAGAGCUUUCAAAUAAGACCACACUUGCACAUGACAAUGAAUUGGCUACAUUUGUUAUUGGUCUGGGUAACCUGACUAUAAUUAACAUCUUUGGAGAAAACCCAUCUGAGAUACAAGAUAUUCUUCAAAUUGUUGUUCAGGCAUUUUUAAGAAUGAAGCAGGUGAAGCUCUCCCCAAGCUGUGUAUUUGUCCAUCAAAAUGUUGGGGACACUGUAGCUAGGGAGAAAAACACAGAUGCCAGACGAGUUCUCCAGCAGAACCUGGAUAGAAUGGCAUGCAUUGCUGCAGAGGAGGAGGAGGAGCGUAAUGUUAAAUAUUUUAACGACGUCAUAAGGUUUGAUGUAAAUGACCAAACCUAUUACUUUGUGCAUCUGUGGGAAGGAAACCCACCAAUGGCACCUCCCAAUCCCAGCUAUAGUCAGAAUGUCCAAGAUCUGAAAAAUGCUAUUGUUAAUGCUGCUAAACAAGAACCUGCUUGCAAUGUUUUGAAAGUUUCCCAGUUAAAAACUCGAGUCAAGGACCUGUGGAAAUCCCUGCUGACUGAGAACUUUGUUUUUAACUUUAGGAAUUCAUUGGAGAUUGCUGCCUAUCGUAAACUUGAAGAAAAAUAUUUAGAUUGGACUUGGACUCUGAGAAGUAAGAUCUAUGAAGUGCAAAACAAGAUGAUCAACAAAAUUAAAAACACUUCUAACACUCAAAUAAACAUACCUAUGGAAGUAGAAGAAACAUAUACAAAAGUAAAAGAGGAAAUUGGGAAAUAUUUUACUGAUGAUGAAAUGCUUAUUCAAUGGAAAUCUAACAUUGAGACAAGGUUUGAUGUUCUUAAAAAUGAUCUCACCACAGAAAUGAAGAAAACAUGUGAGGAACUGAUCAAAGCAAAGACAAGCCGUCAGAAAGUGGAUGAGAAUAGAUCCAGACAUGAAGAAAAGCUGAUGGAACAGAGCAAAGAGCUAGCAGAAAAACUAAGAACCUCAAAUCCCAGUGAAGACGUACUGCAUGAGGAAUUUGAGAAACUGUGGAUUGAAUGGGAAAAAGAAGCUUCCCGAGACUGCAAUUAUCAAGACAAGAUCAAUAUUGUAAAAGAUGUGCAAGAUAUCCUCUAUGACAAGUUUAAGGCAAUGCCUAAUGCACCUGAUAAGAUCCAGACUUAUGUAGCCAGUUGUCAGUCUGCAACCCAUCAUUCAAUUCCAGCCUCCACAAGAGGAUUCUCAAUUAUUCCUUCAUUUCUUCAGAGUGUCAUCUCCUAUAUUCCAUUCCUUAGGAAAACAAAGCAAUCAAGUUACGAGGUAAAAUGUACACAAGAACUAAUUCCAAACCUUUCUGAUCAAUACAUUGAAUUUCAGCCUAUCACUAAUAAAAUUGCCGAAACUGUCCUUGAUUAUAUUGACAAAAAGAAAAAAGAGGAAAGUGAUUACAAUUCAGCCCACAUACAUGAAAUUUUAAAUCUUGUAUCAAAGAAAAUGUCUGCUUACAAUGAGGAAAAGGAAUAUAAAUUGUCUUUCAAGCAAGAUUACAAAUUUGAGUUAUCUUUGCAGUUAUGUGCUAUUGCAAUUGAACCUUUUACUGAAAUGCAAAAGAGGUUUUGGGAAAGAACUGAUCCUGUUCUCUAUCUGAAGACUAAGAGAGAUUCUUACUACAAGAUGUUUAAGACUCUCUGUCAUGGGCUUACCUCUGUCAACAUAUUUUCUGAGUACCUGAGCAGUAAACUGAAAACUGCCAUUCAUCAGGCUGUCUGUGAUCAGGUUUGUAUCGAUGUAGCAAACAUUGUAAGACAGAACCACCCACCCUUAAAGGAAAGUAAAAUCAAACUAGAAUAUCAUCUACUGAAAGAGCUGGCAGAGAAAGAAGACUUUGAGAAAUUCUGUAAUUAUAUUGAGUUUCCAAAAAGUUUUUUUAAGAAGUACAUUAGCUCCUGUGUGGAUGAUUACUGCAAAGACAACAAAACACUGAAAACUAUUUCCACCCAGAGACUUAAAGAAUUUGAAAGUUUGGUUUCUAAAGCAGCCAGCAGUGCAACAAAAGCUAUUGAAAAGGUUAUCAAAGCCCAGAAGGACAAUCGGAAGAAGAAAGUAAAGGUGUGGCUAGAUAAGUUUUGUAAAGAGCUUGAAGAUUAUCUAGUGCUUCCUGGGAGCGACUUUAGAGAUGUGGAACAUCUGGAAAUUGGAGACCUAAAUUUCCUUCAAGAUUCCAUGUCAAAAGCAGUGGCACAAGUUAUGAAGGAAUUAAAUAUGAGCUUUGACUGCAUAACACUGACUGAACUGACAAAUGUAAAGGAGCUGCCUCAUGACAUUCUUAGUAAGCAUUUGAGUGGAUGCUGGGUGCAGUGUCCUUUCUGUGCUGCCAUUUGUACAAACUCAAUUGAAGGUCACGACGGAGAUCACAGUGUUCCCUUCCACCGACCUGAAGGAGUGAAUGGCUGGCGAUGGUAUAAAACUGAGCAUCUUUGCACUGAUAUUUGUACUAGCUUGGUUGCUAGUGAUUAUCUUAUUGUGUUAAGUGACACAGAAAAAGUCCCCUAUAAAGAAUACAGAAAGGCUGGGCCACGAUAUGCGUGCUGGAAUAUUGUGCCUGAUGAGUCUGAACUGAAAUACUGGAAGUGGUUUGUCUGUAAUUUCCAAGUGCAGCUGGAGGAAAAGUACAAGAAGAAAUUUGAUGGUCUUGGCAAAAUCCCUACUGCGUGGAGAGAAAUUAAGAAAGAAGAUGCAUUAGGGGAAAUUGAGAAACUUUUAUUAACUGGCAGUUGAAAAGGAAUCAGAGUCACCUUUAUUUCAUUUUCUUUUACUUGUCACUUGCAAUUAAUAAUUUCUCUUCUGUCAUAAUUUGUAGUAUUUGACUUUCAUUAAUCCAAACUUUCUUUAAUCUUGCUUUUGCGGUUAAUUUGUUGCUUUUCUUAAUUGCUCUUGAUAAACACAUCAAUUUGUUCCUGAGCUUCUGCAGGUGUGGUUGGUGAAGCCUUCAACUGGUACAGAGUUAAAGCUUAGGAUAGUCAGGCUAUGUCUGUAUUGAACAAAUGUAGUGAAAGAUAAUCAUGAGGAUAUUCAAAACAAAAUACAUAAAAACAUUGUUAUAAUAGUAAAAAUAUUGAACAACAAGGGAAAAACUAAAUAAGAAAUUGUAACAGCCUAGACACUGAUGAUGUUAGUGCCAAACUAGAAAGGGUUACAUGUUGUUUUUUUGGUUUUUUUUUUUGACUGGCAAAUAUUAAAGAUGAAAACAUCUUUCCUUUUAUAGAUAUGAGACUAAUUUAAUUAAAAUGAAUUAAAACAUUUAAUUCAGAUGUACUACAUAUGAUAGAAAUGUCAUUUGUUUUUAUUGAAUGCUGUUUUUCAAAUUAAAU